CAGUCGGAGUGCUUGAUGGUGCCAACUUCAGAGUUUGUGGGCUCAUUGAAGUCUACCAUAGGCAUUGUCCGGCAGGUGACCUCCAUUGUCUCCAGAUUCACUAGUUUCUUGGGAGAUUUCAGGUUGUCUAAUGCCAUUUCAGACUGCCUUGAUUUGCUUGAUCUUUCGGCUGAUGAGUUAGACUGGACUCUCUCCGCUGGUCAGAAACCUUCAGGCAAGAAUAAUACAAAUACAGUUAGGUUGAGUUCUGAUUUGAGGACAUGGUUGAGCGCUGCGCUAGUGAACCAAGACACAUGCAUGGAAGGUUUCGAGGGCACCAACGGCAUUGUCAAAAGCUUGGUGGCGGGGAGCCUCAACCAAAUAACCUCAUUAGUCACCGACGUUCUCGGCAUGGUGCAUCCAAUACCUGAUUCCAAGUCCAAUGGCGGCAGUGGCGGUGGCGGUGGUGGACGUACAGGCGGCCGAAAGCUGACCAGCCGCAAAGAAUUUGAAUUUCCGUCUUGGCUUAAAUCCAAGGACAGAAAACUCCUUCAGGCUAAUGGGUCCACCGAUGUAGUAGUGGCUCAAGAUGGCACAGGGAAAUUCACUAGCGUCAAUGAUGCGAUCAGCGCAGCCCCUGAACAAAGUGCAAAAAGGUUCGUGAUAUACAUCAAAAAGGGUGUCUACAAAGAGUAUAUUGAGAUCAGCAAGAAGAAACCGAAUAUAAUGCUGAUCGGAGAUGGCAUGGAUGUUACCGUUAUAUCCGGCAAUCGAAGCUUUAUCGAUGGAUGGACCACGUAUAGGUCUGCCACCUUUGGCGUCAAGGGACAAGGGUUCAUAGCACGGGACAUGACAUUCGAGAACACUGCAGGACCCCAAAAGCACCAAGCAGUCGCAUUCCGAUCAGAUUCUGAUUUAUCAGUCGUCUAUAGAUGUGCCAUAAGGGGUUUUCAGGACACCCUUUACGCCCACUCGAUGCGCCAAUUCUACGGAGAAUGUGUAGUGACGGGCACAGUCGAUUUCAUAUUUGGUGAUGGCAGCGUCGUCUUCCAAAGGUGCACGCUCAAUGCCCGGAAAGGCCUACCAAAUCAGAAAAACACCAUAACAGCACAAGGCCGCAAGGUAAUUACUGAGCCAUCAGGCUUUUCCAUCCAAUUCUCAAACAUAUCCGCGGAGCCUGAUGUUCUGGCUUCCCUGAACUCGACCGAGACCUUUCUUGGAAGGCCAUGGAAAUUGUAUUCAAGAACGGUGAUAAUGCAGUCAUUUAUUAGCAACGCAAUUAAGCCUCAAGGAUGGCUGGAGUGGAAUGGGAAUUUUGCACUUGAUACUUUAUAUUACGGGGAGUAUAUGAACACUGGACCGGGGGCUGGAUGGAGUAGAGUCAAGUGGCCAGUUCACGCAAUUAAUGACUCGGCUGUGGCAAACAACUUCACCGUGGCUCAAUUCAUUGUGGGAAACUCAUGGCUGCCCAUGACUGGAGUGAAGUACACGGCUGGCCUGGCUGUUUAAAUUGAAAAAUUUUCCACACACGUAUCUGUAAAGGUUUUUGGCUUCUCGAAUUAAUUGAACAUUUUUUUGACUUAUAAUUAAUGGCAAAAAAUAUAUAUAUAAAAGGCAAGUUGCUGGCUGUGAUGCUGAUAUGCAUUUCAUUUAAAGGGGACAGGUACUAAUUAAGCCCAGUUGAGUCCAGCAUGUUUGAAAGCUUCUGGCUCCUCCGUAGCAUCCUAUCGAUUAAGCAACAUGCCAAUUUAACAACCUUGUGCACUUAUCCGACA